CUUACUUGUGCGAGGCUUGCGGCACGUAUUUUCUCUCGUCAAUACGCUGCUCCUUUGUGAACAGUUUGCCAGUAACGUAGACUCGUGGGGGUAUCUACCUUAAACAAAGAAGAUGUCCAUGGCUCUGAGCCCUACACAGGUGACCAUCACUACUGGGCCUAGUGUUCCUCCGUCAUCUCCAGGCUUGCGAUUCCACCUCAACGUGUCGUUUGUUACAAGCCUGGAUGGCCUGCUCACGGUAUCCGAAAUGGUGUUGUCAAUCAUCGUCUAUGCAUUGACGGUCUCUUCAGCUGUGGGCAUUGCCUCUCUGAAUCUCCUGAUGUCAUUGAGCUUCUGCUACUGGCUGCUGUGUUUUUUCAUUCUACUGUCGGAAGGCAUGCUGACGAAGCCUGUCCUGCCUACGACCACCUUCUUUCUCAUAUUCCAUUCGUUUGGAUCUGUCCUGUACGUCUUCAUCUCUAUCGCCCACCUGGCCAUCUUCAGCUCUUCCGCUGCGAUGGUGGGAGCGGUUUUGGUCAAGGCUGUUUACAACGCUGACGCAGUGAACGCAGCUGGGGUGAAGUAUAAGGCAAUGGGACUCAUCGCGGGAGCUGCGCACCUCUUCCACACUGCGUUAAUCAUCAAGAAAAUGAUUUCGUAGGAAGGAUUGAAGAACUGAAUUCCGAGUGCGCUGAUAUAUCUUGUCACCGAAACACAAUAAGGCAAUGUUUGUUUGCAGGCGGUGCUUAUAGGCCUUGAUAAGGUGGGGACUAUGUGGCUGUGGCGACAUCGGUUUCUCGAGUGUAAACGAGUCCCCCUUGCUUGAUCGAUAGAGAUGAGCAUUUGUUUGGUGAGCUGUGUGGGGGCUAUUUGUAUGAGGCAACGUAAUGGGCUUUCCAAUGAACGCGUACCGACGUGAACAGCGCAGUUAGUGUAUUAUUACACCAUCACCCUCUUAGUGAUGCAAGUGGUGGUCGUAAAUGCAACACAAGCUCACCAUUUUGUCUUAGUUCUUGAAUAAUGUGACCUGCGGAUGCAUGUCUUGGAACACGGGUUGUUCAGGUUCUGCUCAAUCCCGUUUUGAAUUGGUGGCUGAAAAAUGGGCGUUCGUGCGGUGGCCACCUGUCUCGGAGGGCAUGAUAGGUUUUAUGCGUGUCGUGCAUCCACCUAUAGAUGUCGUGAAUCGUCCACUCUGACAUUGGCUUUUGUGCGCGACGCUGUCACUCACGCCGAUGGAGCUGGCGUCCCGUCCAGAUGAGUUGUACAUUCUGGCAGUAUUGUCGACACCAUGCAUGUAGAGUAACGUCUCGAAAAUAGUACUUCACUUGAGUUAAUUCAAGCAGUAAUUUAUUCCCUUAUCUCUUCCUAUGCAUCUGACUAUUCAUUUGAUAAUACGCCGGGGAGACACAAGAAGGAACAACUCAAUCUGGUUAGACAUAUGCAACACUCUUUCACUUAUUUUCAUGACUCACUACCAAACAUCAGAAAGAGCUGUCGAUUGUGUUUAUGAAGAUUUAAAGCUCACAAAACAUUACCAAAUCUAACCUAAGUCUGCUGAAGUCGUGCCGCAUCCACGUGCACUACAGAACGUCGCCCGGCCGCGAUGGUCUCAUGGUUAAGGUACUCAGCUGCUGACCCGCAAGUCGCGGGAUCGAAUCCCGGUGGUGAUGAUAGUGGCUGCGUUUUUGAUGGAGGCGAAUAAUGAUGUAGGCCUGUGUGCUUAGAUUUGUGUGCACGUUAAAGAACCCCAGGUGGUCGAAAUUUCUGGAGCCCUCCACUACAGCGUCUCUCUACUACGGAGUCUGCCCCAUUUGUAUCGUCAUUGUUAAAAUUGCAGGGCUGUGGCCAUGCAGGUUUCUGAUAAUAAUGUUGGUUUUGGGAUGGUAAACUUCUCAUAUUAAUCAAAUCAAUUACAUAACGCCAGUGUCGUGAACUCUUGCGUUGUUGUGUGAAGGAGUCAUUAGCAGCUACAAUAGUGAAGUACGUUCUGUUUCUUACGAUAAUAUCCCAAAAUGCAUUACUGAGAGAAAAUACUUUAUUUUUUCUCAUAUAUUCGUUUUUGUUCCGAAAUCACCAAGUUAUCCUAAGUCAAUUUCAUUAUGUAGAGUUAAGUCCAAUUACAAGUUUAGGCAUGUUGAGUCAAUUAUCGCUCUUCAUUCCAUAUUUUGGCUAUAUUUAUUUAUUCAAAUACAUAGGUGUUCACAUAAAACCUUAUAUAACGCAGUGGUAUCAAGUGCUUAAAUCCAUUCAUUAUAAGUUAUUGUUCUAAGAAUACCUUCACGCACUGAUAUUGUCAUUUUGUAUUUUAUUCGUUAUAACCGAUAAUUUGUUAUAUGCUCAUUAAAUUGAGGUUGCCAAUUGAAAGUAUCCUCAAUGACCAUUUUCGCCACUGAUUGACACGCUGCAGAAAUUAGGAUGAAUAAAAUGUGGCUGUUCAGUUUUCUUUACAUAUUGCCUCCAUCCCCGCGUUUGUUAUAGAAUAAAAGGAGCAUGAUUAUGGAUGUAAAAGUUUGCGCGUGUGUAUACGUAUCGGCACUAGGCUACACUUACUGGUCAUGGUAGCUUCCAUCCAAUAGCUGGUAUCGGACUAGUUUCUACGUUGUUAUGUUGAGAAAUUCAAUCUAUUAAGUACGGCUACUCUAUGUUCUAAUAGUUAUGUAUUCGCUACCGAUACUAAGAAGCUAGUAAUAUAUGCACAAGCUAGUUCGUAACUUACAGCAAUGUGUGACGCUUAGUCAUCCAUCGCAAAAACAAACAAGCAAAAAAGAAUGAGUGCCUCAGCAGGCGAUGAACUGAGAAAAGAAGACACCGUCAAGCGUCGACACCUAAAGCGAAAAGUGAUUAGAGAAUGUACUUGUCUGUAAGCCUACCCGAGAACCACGAAUAAGUCACAUUAGGGGAGUGACCCCUAAAUUUGCGCAAAACGAGCUCUCUAAUGCUAUUGCGUUAAAACAAGACAAACGAAAAAUAAAACAAGAGAACAAAGC